UAAGUAAGUGUAAAGUUAGAAAGUCAAACUAGGAGACCAAACUUCACCAUCCACCACCACCUUCUCUGUUCUCUCUUUGAAUGCUGAUGUUCAUAUUUCUUCUUUUUCUUCCUCUCUCUUCUUUCUUUCUCACCCUAAAACCCUAACUAACCACAAUUUCUCUCAGAAAUGGUGUUUCACCAUCGCAGAAAACUCAUGCCAGAAAUCUGCGAGUCCAUCUGCAAAGUGGAGAAGAAUUGUUCUUCAAACUGUGAGGAAUGCCUCAAACUCUGCAUCACCAACCCCCAAUACUACUAUUAUUCCCAACCACCGCCACCGAUUCCUCCUCUCCCCUUAGACGAUACAUCAGAUCAUGGAAAAAGCCACGCGCUCUCGCCCUACUUGGUCCUUGCUCUCUCCGUUAUCGGAGCUGCUUUCUUCGUUGUUAUUUGCUGUGCAAUCUUCGCGAGGAUCUUCAGAAGGAGGAGAAGAUCCUUAUCGCCACCGUUGAGUCUUCGAACACAGGAUAAUACGCGUGAUGAUUUCUUCGUUGAUGAGGAGCACGGUCCUGUGGUGGACCACCCGAUCUGGUACAUCCGUACACCCGGUCUUCAAGAAUCGAUUAUCAACGCAAUCGCUGUUUGUAGGUAUAAGAGAGGUGAGGGUUUGAUUGAAGGAACAGAGUGCUCUGUUUGUUUGAGCGAGUUUCAAGAAGAUGAGAGUGUUAGAUUAUUGCCAAAGUGUAACCACGCUUUUCAUUUGCCUUGUAUUGAUACAUGGCUUAGGUCACACACCAAUUGUCCUAUGUGUAGAGCUCCAAUUGUUUCCAACAACACUCUUAGGGUUCCAUCUAUGCAGCAUCAUAAUCAUAAUCUUAAUGUUCUUGAUUCAACUUCAAGUUCAGGUUCAAGUUCAGGUUCAGGUUCAGGUUCAGGUUCCUUGGAGAUGAGAUCUGUGGAAAAUAUUAACAAUGGAAGAAGCCUUAGAGGAAUGGAAAAUACUCAAAAUAUUGGCUUUGAAUUGAGGAACACGGAAGAGGAUGAAGAAGGAGAAGAACAAGGCCAAUUGGGAGGUGAAAGAGUACUAAGCAUGAUUAGGCCAAGGAGAUCUGUUUCUCUGGAUUCUUCUUCUGUUGCAGAUAUUGCUCUUGCUGCAUCUGCAUUUGUUCUAUCUGCGGAUUUGGAUUCCGAUUCGAAUAGAGUUCUUGGGGAUGAGACUGAGAGUGAACGAAUUGGUUCAAAGAGGGUUAAUGUUAAUGUUAAUGUUAAUGGAAAUGAGAAUGAGAAUGGGGCAAGUAGUUCAAAAGGGAGAGGAGGAGGGAGAGGGAGAAGCUCUUCUUUCAGGAUAAGGUAUCUGCAUAGUGUUGUUCCUAGUUCAAUGAAGAGGUCACGUUCCUUCAAUGGUAAAUACCUUGUGUCUUCUUUGUAUAGCCGCAGCCAAACUCAGAGGAAGCAAAAUGCUAAUAAUCUGAGAAGCUUUUAAAGAUGCAUGUAUGUUGCUCUCAACAAGCUGAGAGUUUCAAUGUUUUCCUUUUGUUAUUGAUGUUGGCAUCAAACAAGUUAUGUGAUGCUCAAUUGUGUAAUAGAGAGAAUCAAUAAGUUGCAAAUAAAGAUAUUUGCUUAA